AUGUCAACAAGGAGAAGCGGCGUGACUGCCUUCAUUGGUAGUUGGGCUACCCCCUUUACAACAGUUGGCACUCGCCCAAUUUGCGCGCACUCCGUGGAUAGACGGCAGUAUGAAAGAGCCCAGCGGAUAAGCUGCGCCAUUCCGAAGGAAGGCACUGGAAGUUUGUCGCAGAAUGUGGAAGGCAAGGAUGCAAAGGGAAAGGAAGCACUGGGCAUUUCGAAUGAACCCGCGGAGGCAAAAACGCCAAACAAUUCAUCUGAGGUUCGUUCCAGCGAAGCAGAGGACUUGUCGCAAGUUGAGGGAGCUAUGUCUCUAGAAGACUUCGGCGGAUUUGAUGCAGGCCUUGAGGCUGCUUUCUCAAGAAACAAGGAAACUCUUGAACAGUUUAGCAUGCACUUGGAUUUUUCUGAACGGAAUCGGGGUCAUGGGGCGAGCCUCGGUCCUGACGAAGAAGAAGAGGGAGAUGAUGAUGAAUGGGAAGAUGCUAAAGAAACCGCAGUACCAGGAGCGCCGGACGAAGUUGACAGGGUUGCUGUGGAAUCAGAUGAAGCUGUCGCCGCUAUAAAUGAGGCAAAGACGAAAUCUAAUAGGGGUACGAAGAAAUCAACGAAAGGCGCAACUCAAAAGAAGAAAAGCCCAAAAUCAAGAAAGAAGAAAACAGAGACAAAAAUGACUCAAAUGGAGAUGUUGAACUCCCUGGAAUGGAGCACUGAACCAAGAUGGUUCUUUCUACAGGUUAAACCUGGGUUUGAACAAAGCUGUGCGAUCUCUAUUCGGAAUAUGGCGCAGUCCUUGGAAGCAUUGGAAGUUAAAGAAGUUCUGGUUCCCGUUACAAAAAUCAUGCGUCUUACAAAGGGUGGCCAAUCAGUCAAGAAGGAAGAGCGAAUAUUCCCUGGUUACAUUCUGGUGUUGAUGGUCAUGAAUCAACAAAAUUACGCAGAUGUGCAACGCGUGCCCAAUGUCCAAUGGUUCAUGGGUGAUCCGAACCGUGACAGGAAGACCGGGCAGCCGUUCAGGCCACCGCUUCCAGUCAGUGAUGCAGAGAUGAAAAUUGUGUUUGAGAAAGUGGCAGAAGCUGGGAGUGCGAAGCCAGAAAAGAAGACGUCAAUUAGACCGGGAGAUGCCAUUGAGGUGCUAUCAGGUCCUUUCGCUGGGAACAAGGGGCGCGUUUUGGCAGUCAAACCGGAUCUUCAUGUCAUAUCUGCUCGUCUUAUGAUGAUUGGCCGUGAGGCACCUGUUGAGUUCGAAAUGGAUCAGAUUUGUGUUGUUCAAGACGUACCGGAAGCAGAUGAUUCGAGCAAAGAGCGUACUGGAUCAUGGCAGGCAGGAGAUGCACCAUCUACGCCUCAAUCACGAUUGAACAAGGAAAACGCGAAUCGCUCAGUGUCUCUCUUUGGUGGCCCCGGGAAUACUGCCGAUUUGGCUUCCCCGGCUGACGAUCUUGCUGCACUCCUCUCUGAUGAUAAUUUCGAAACAGAGGACGACAUGUCUAGCUUUUUUGGGCUAGAGUCGAAUGAAUCCUCGAAACCAAAGACUCAGGGGGACAGUGGGAAAGUUGGUAGGCGCGAAACUGGAAAAAGAAGAUCUUCGAAGGCCAGUGCCAAUGAGUUUGAGAUAUCAUCAAUUUUUAGAGAUGAAGGAGAUCAUUUUUCAUUUCUAGACGAGGAGCAAGACCAACACAUUACGACUAAGAGGCAAGAUUCCUCCCAGUUCGGAAAGGAGGACUCGCGGGGAGAUGCUCUUAAAUCUUCAGACGUGGAUUUGACGUCUUUUCUGAGUACCAACGAAGGUUCGGAUCUAUGGGGUGCCACUGACAAAAGAGAACCGGAGCAUCUAUCAAGCCUAUCAAAUGACGAAAUGCGAACUUCAGGGGCCCUCGAAGACGGAAAGGAUAACUUGUUUGACUUUUUGGAUUCCGAUCCUGGUGAAGACUUUGAGGAAGCAACCGUUCUUCCUGAGGUUGAUGGAUAGCCUUUCAUGAUCAUUCCCUAUAUCUUCUUUUUGCUUCUGGUGGGCUAUAUAUCACGUUGGUCUAGAAGGAGCCUCUUUGUAGUGGCAAUAGAAGUAGACUGGUUUCUUUGCCUAAGACACUGGAAGUCUGGAGAUCCUACAUAUUGCCUAGAGAUACGGAACAUGAGGUUGUGUGGAGCAAAAGGGCGUCGGGAGAUCAUCCUCGCGACCCUUUUUUCUCGAACCACAUCAUAUUUCUCUAUGAGCAUACGUUGAUGGAGAGGUCCGUUUCGUUUUAACGGUAGCCAGGGGGCCAACUAAUUAUGUGAUUCUGACGAACGUGAAGUCACCGCACAAGCAAUCGGAGAGGUUCUAACUACCGACCGUAGCAAUGUUAUUGUGCAACGUACAAGAGCGCGGGAUGAACAGCUAUUCUGAUUCUCCUGGGAAAUCUGCGCAGCACUGUUUCCAGAGAAAGAAUAUCAUGCAUUUGAACUAGAAAGAAGCCUUUUCUUACGUUCCUGUUGGAUCAAAUGUCCCAAUGAAUGCCAUCGGAACGGCGUCAAUGUGAUUCGUUCACUGUGCGAACAGCACUACAGCCGUUGCGAGGAUGAGAAACCCGCGUUUUCCAUUGACGCGAUGCGGUCUUCUCCUUUGGGAGAUCUACUGAACGCAACAGUUCAUAGGAGGCGUCUGGACCCGUACUGCCCACCAAGAGAAAGUAGCAGCUAGUGCAUGUCGCUUUUUCGUUGUUGUACACUAGUUUUGAGAGCUGCUCCGUAGCACGCUGAUUUUUGAGAAAACCCAAAGUUUACAGGGAUA